UGUCGAGAUUGACAGAACCCCCUCUUCCGGUUAAUUCGCUGGUGCGCAGAAGUUGCUAGUCACAGGAGCCACAAUGGCGAUUGUAGUCUCCUUCAGAUAGGGCUGUGGAUGAUACAAAAUCCACCAGCAUCGCCCUAAAUAUAGGCCUGGUUGAUUUCCAGAGCCAUUAAUAAUAAACAGGAACAUCUACUACACACGAAAAUACUAUAAUUUCUAAUCAAUAUUGAAUCUAUAGGGGAUAAAACUUACAUUAAAGGGAACAUGUAAACAGCACCAACCGGGUCAAGUUUUCAUUUUGUUGGAGAAACGAGCGUCUUUUACUCAAGGCGUCUGCUUGUUUCUGAAAGCUAAGACCGUUAUUCUGUGGAAUAAUAAUACGUUUUCUUAACUUGGCACCGGACAAGGACACCUUUCACAAAGGGACUUUUUUUCUUUUUUAGGCGUCUGCUCGCUAGCCGUCGAGCAUUAGCUAGCUGUGCUAGCUACAUUGAGACGGAGGCGACACCACAAUGCUCCUAUGUUUGGUUUGGACCUUCCUCAUUCAGUGACUGUCUCGGAGUGCUAACUUUGCUGCAUAGAAAAACUACCUUGGAUUUUUUUGUUCUUGUUUUGAAAAACUACUCUGGUGAGCUAAUGGAAUGAAUUGGCGCUGAGAAGGACUGGACGUGUGCGGCCUAGAGUGUUUAUUUUGUGCUUGUGUUUGUUCUGUUUCUGCUUUGCAACUCUUUGUUUUGACAUUUGAAGUAGCCGUUGUUUUCUUGUGGAUGAAUCUCUCGAAACACGGAAGCCGGGGUGAGGUAUGCCAGGGUCGGACCGACACCAUGGGACCAAGAGGAAGACUGUUUCGAGCGGCGGAGUGCCACACCAGACCCAAGGCCCAGCUCACACCUCUGAGGGAAACAUGACGAGCAAAGAUAGUAAGGCGCUGUUAAAAUCUUCCAUGAUAUCUUCGAAACGAAAACGGCAUAAAUCAAACAAACCUAACCGAGAGUCCGUGGCGGUACCGCGACCCGGGGUUUUUGCCCCCGGUAAUACGGCGCCUCCUGGUGUCAACACGGUGAAGCCUCUGGUGGAGUACGACGACAUCAGCUCCGACUCGGACACUUUCUCGGAUCCCCCGUCCAACAGGCCUUCCGAAAGGGGGAUCGGGGACCGACUGGAUCUCUCGCCUUCUCCUGAGCACGAUGAGGACGAUAUCGUCUUAGAACCUGAGCGAGAGAGCAAGGGUCAAAGACACUCUCGGAAAAAGCUCAAGGACCCUAAUAAAGUCAGAGACUCUGGAAAUGGGGAACAUGGGUACAAGAAAAAGAGCAGCAAAGAUCGUGAAAAGGGUAAUUUUGGGAAAGUCAAGGAGAAAACUGCUUCAUCAGGCUCCUCGUCCAAGCGCCAGCUCCAACCAGAAGGUGACACCAAGCGUGGGGAGUCAACGCUCUCUGUACAGACUGCAGCCAGUGUAGGUAGCACCACAUCCUCCACAUCUUCAUCUCGCAGUAAGGAGAGCGGUCGCUCAGGGAAGUCUCAUAAAGAAAAGCAACAGCGGAGAGAAGGCCGAGGAGAUGGAAACCGAAGCUCCUCCCAUAGGAGGACAGACAGGACAGACAAGACUCACCGCAAGUCCUCCAAGAGCCACAAGUCGAGCCCUAAGGUGAAGCUGUCAGGCAGGGGAAGCCCUCGCAGAAAGGGUGCCAGCUCUGCUGUACCAUCCAGUCCCAGAAGAGGCAGUGAGAGUCCACUGGGCUCCAACUAUGGACAACAGGCGGAUGACGGGUACUCCAGGCGAAGGUUAGCCCAGAAGAGCCCCAGCCCCUACAGGGAUUUGUCCCGCCGCAGCAGACAAAGAUCGGACAGCCCUUAUGUCAACAGGCACAGGUCCUCCAGCUGUGAGAGGGACAGCAGCCCUUAUUCCAGGAGGCGCUCCAUCAGCCCCUAUGUCAGCCGCAGGUCCUCCAGCUUAAGCCCAGCAUCUCGACGCUCAGGCCGUUCCAGAAGUCGUUCCCCUCUGCAGUACUCCUCUCGCCGCUCCUCGUCUCGUUCACGCAACAAGAGGCAUCCGUCUUCAGCUUUAGGAGGCGGCAGCUCCCACAGUAGUCGUCCAGCUAGCCGCUCCCCCCCUGCAUCCCGCUUGCCCCUCAACUCCAGCUUGGGUGCAGAGCUCACCCGCAAAAAAAAAGAGCGCCUGGCCGCUGAGGCGGCCGCUCGCGCCAGUGGCACCUCUUCCCCUCUUCCAUCCACCCCAAAACUCGCCAGUUCCACAUCUUCACGCCCCACUAAAACUGAGCCAUCACAGGUAGAAAGAGACUCUGUUGCAAAGGUGGAAACCCAGGCUCAAGCAACAGCACAAAUAGCCUCUGAUACUCCCAGGAGCGAAAAUCAAGUUACAGCACCUUUACCUUCCUCUCCCACCAAUUCCCCUGCUCCUCCUCCUGAGCCCUCCCCUCCUGUGCCCCCAUCACCUGUCACACAGGUGCCACCCCCGCCACCUCCUCAGUCAGAGGUGGCUAAUCAGCCCGCCACGCAUCACAUGUCCCAUGCUAAAUCGCCAGGGUUUGUUCCUGCACGCAGUCCUCUCCGCCAGACACCACUCCACAAAACAUCCACACUGCCCCCCCUCCCUCUACCCCCGAUGCUGCUGGGAAACAGUCAGGACAGCCCAAAGAAAUCCACGCCUCCCCAUCGUUCAUCAAGAAAGGAAAAGACGACUAGCAGCCGGCCGUCUCUCAUCGAUCUCCCUCUGCCGCCCACUUUGCCUGGAGUUGACUCAUCGCCGCCUCAGUCACCUGUCCGCCAGCCUCCUCCUGUCCCCCAGCAGCCCCUCAAGAAGAGACCAAAGAUUUGUUCCCCACGUUAUGGUGAGAGAAAACAUAACCUGAGUGACUGGGGGAAACGCUGUGUGGACAAAUUUGAUAUAAUUGGGAUCAUAGGCGAAGGCACAUACGGCCAAGUGUACAAGGCGAAGGACAAAGACACAGGGGAACUUGUUGCUUUGAAGAAAGUGCGGUUGGACAAUGAAAAAGAAGGAUUCCCUAUCACCGCCAUCAGAGAGAUAAAGAUCUUGAGGCAGCUCAAACAUCGCAGUGUUGUCAACAUGAAGGAAAUCGUUACCGACAAGCAGGAUGCACUUGACUUCAAAAAGGACAAAGGUGCAUUUUAUUUAGUAUUUGAGUACAUGGAUCACGACCUGAUGGGCCUUCUGGAGUCAGGUCUGGUCCAGUUCUCCCACGAACACAUCCGCAGCUUCAUGCGUCAGCUCAUGGAGGGCCUGGACUAUUGCCAUAAGAACAACUUCCUGCACAGGGACAUCAAAUGUUCCAACAUACUGCUCAACAACAGAGGUCAGAUCAAACUGGCAGACUUUGGUUUGGCUCGACUUUACAACUCUGAGGAAAGUCGACCUUACACUAAUAAAGUAAUCACACUAUGGUAUCGUCCCCCUGAACUACUGCUUGGGGAGGAAAGGUAUUCCCCAGCCAUUGAUGUCUGGAGCUGCGGGUGUAUUCUUGGAGAACUCUUCACUAAAAAACCAAUAUUUCAGGCAAACCAAGAACUUCUACAACUAGAACUCAUCAGCCGUCUGUGUGGAAGUCCUUGUCCUGCGGCGUGGCCCGAUGUCAUCAAACUUCCGCUCUUCAACACCAUGAAACCUAAGAAGCAGUACAGACGGCGGCUACGAGAGGAGUUUGCCUUUUUGCCUACUCCUGCUCUGGACCUGCUGGACCGAAUGUUGACCCUCGACCCUUCACGUCGCUGCACAUCGGAGCAAGCUCUUCUCAGUGACUUCCUUACUGAUGUCGAUCCUGGCAGGAUGUCGCCACCAGACCUUCCUCAUCACCAGGACUGUCACGAGCUGUGGAUUAAAAAGAAAAGACGUGCACGUCAGAGCGGGUUGCCUGAGGAUGUGCCUGUGCCCAAAGUGCCCCGUAAAGAUAUGGCUGGAACCUCCAGUGGAGAGAACAGCCGACCCCAAAGCAGCCCGCCUGGAGCUCCGCCCCCUCCCCCAGGAAAGCCACCCUCCACAACCAAACUAGACAGUGAGCUGUCAGGUCUUGGAGCGGCUGCAGAGCAACUGAAUCAAACUGAGCUGGCUGUGCUGCUUAACCUCCUCCAGGGACAGACUGACCUCAAGCUGCCCCAAGUGGCCCAGCUCCUUAGCCUCUCUGACUCAGACACUGUCAGCCAGUUGCUAUCAACUCUCAAUGAGGCCUCUGACCACCAGGGGGCUGCAGAGGACCAUGCUCAGCCUCCUGCAGUGUCACAGCCUCCUGAGCCGCCUCCCGAACCCCAGGAGGCCUCACCCACAUCUGGAGAACCUCCGCUCAGCCAGGAAGACCAGGCCAGCCUGCUGGCUCUCAUUCUGGGCCAAAUCAUAAAACCUCAAACCGAGGCGCAAAGCGAUGAAAGCAAUGGCGUUAAGUCAGAGGAGGCGCUGACACGCAGUUCGUCUGCUUCUACUACUGAUUCCAAGGAUGGUGGCGUGUCAAAAAGGAAACAAGUUCUGCCUGACCAGUUGCCUCCAAGUGGUGAACAGCGCCCCCCUUCUCCACCCGGGUCACCUCCAGCAGCUCCUCUCCUGGUGAACUCCCAACAAGCCGAGUCAGAAACUCGGUCUAGCAACCAGGGCAUCAGCCCUGCUGUGGCUGCUGCCUUGCUUCAGCUCAUCUCCCAGCAGGACCUGGAGGUUGUGACCUCCAAGCAAAGCAAAGACCCCUCCCCUGCUGUAGAUGCCGUAGGCCGUGAAGAGCCCAUCCCAGCCUGGGUUGCGGACUCUCCUGUUAAACCUUCAGCCCCAGCUGAGGCCCCGGCAGCGCUGGGUACUGCUGCUCCCACCACUUCGGCGCAGUUCCCCAAGGACCAGGAUCUGCGGUUUUCCCAUGGAGCCGCCCGCUGAACUCCAAUCCACCGGUGACCUUAAUGUUGGGUAUCAUGAGACAGCUCCAGCAGUCCUGGCCUGAAGGGAAAGGAAAGGCAGAUGGAGAAUGCAGCCACAGAAAGUGACUCACUGGACCAAGAGCAGGUAGUGAAAGUCAAAUCAAAGAUUUUGAAAGUGAAUGUCUAAAAGGAGGAGAUUUAGGUUUUUUUUUUUCAGGUAAUGAACGCAUUUGCCUAAUGGAGCAAGCUGUUCUGUUGCUUUGGUGGGAGUGUUUGGACAUGGGGUCAGGCUGUCAAGGAUUAGUUCAGGUUGCAACACUUACCGCCUCCAAGUCUUUGCUCUUUUCCAAACAUCGACGAGGCCGGACUGCUAAACUGAGUGCUAUGCAACUGAGGCUUAAUGAUUGUCAGUUCCACUGCAGUGGCCCCCUUUCAGUGCGUUUCAGUGUUAUGGAGAACAAUGUUUUUCAGUUUAUUUUAAAUGUGAGCUCCUCCUGUUUUCGGUCUGAUGUUUCAGCUUUUCAUGAACGAUCUCUGGUAUGGUGGGGCUUCAGUUCUGCUUUGAGUGGCCACUGUGUAUGUUUUUCAGAGCAUUUCUUUUGUUUUAAACCCCAAACCUCAGCAGAUUGGGAUGUACUGUCAUACCUGAACUGUGACCCCUAUGACUUGCAACAAUCAUUUCUUUAACAAGCCUCUAGUUCUCCUGUUUCUGACCCGUAAACGGAUUAUAUCAAAACAUUAUACGUCGCUGCUCUGCACAUGCUACUCUAGUUCACAUAAAGUUGAAUAAAUGCACACGGAUUUACCUGGGCCGUAAGCGCGUUGCCUUUCUGACAACUGUUGCAACAAGUCCCGCCUCAUUUUCUUUCUUUACUUCGAUUAGAUUAUUUUCUACAUAAAGUGAAAAACGCUUUAAAAAGUGACAGUCAGCCAUUUUGCUUCCGGUGUUUUUGCUUUGAAGAAAGGGAGAAGUAAUGUCUGUAAAAUAAAAGACAGAAGAAACAACAAAAAUAAUUGUAAUUGUGUU